AUGCUAAUAGUUUUAUUCUGGCGUGCUGCUCUGUUUAAUUUCCAGUCUCUUCUACUAGUGAUCCUUUUGAUCAUCUGUACAAGUGCUUAUGCACACAGUAUAAUGCCUGGAAUCAUGGACCGCCAUCAAAACGGGUACUAUCUAAUCCUUUUUUCUGACUAUAUAUCCGUAUAUACCUGGAUUCUGUCCUUGCUAACUCCCCAUAGCUUUUUCGGCAUAUUCUGGAAAUGUGCGCGGGUCGGCGAGCGAUUAAGUCCAUAUGUCAGUAUUUGCUGCAUAAUUAUGGCCGUAAGUUUAGAUUCCAUAAGAUGUAAAAAUCAAUCCCUCUCUGACUGUGGGAAAUAG